AUGCGACCUGAUAUUCCCAAAAAGCAGGCAACCACCUAUAUUCCGAAAACCUCCGCUACCCCCCAUAUUUCCGAUAUACAAAACAUCGCGAGCACGACACAAACAAAACGUUCCAACAAUACUACCGCAACAAAACCAUCCAACCUCAUCUCGCAAGCGACACCAGAAUUCUUCGACAGACAGCACGUCAAACGCAUACUAAAAAUACAAGACAUCAAGGACACUUCUCCAACCGAAGGAACAACCGAACAAUUAGACGGGAUCUCAGAAUCAGAACGCACCACUGCGGUUGCACAACCACCAGAAUCCACAGAGAUUACUGUACAGGACGGUACCACGAGUCUCACUGCACCAACGCUUGAGAUAUCAACUAAUGACUACACCUCCAUUUCUGAAUCAAACAGAACCAUUUCGACUUCGGAGACACAACAAUCGUCAGCUACAUCUGUACACGACAGUACCACUACACAACAGACCCAGGCGUCAACCGAUCACUACGCGAGCAUUCAGGCUCCACAAACUACCAUUUCCACUUCAGAGACAGAACAACCGCCGGACACGAGCACCACUGUGACCGUACCAGGCACCUACACGUCAACCGACGAUGAGACGAAUAUUUCACCGUCACAAUUAGCCAUUUCCACUUCAGCGACAGAACCACCGACGGACACGUCUGACGGAGAUAGUACCACCACUGUGAUUGUACCAGGCACUGGCACGCCAACCCAGGAGAACACGAAUAUGUCAACGGCAAAAACUAACAUUUCAACUUCGGAGACAGAACAACCAACGGACACGAGCACCACUGUGACUGUACCAGGCACUUACACGUCAACCGACGAUGAGACGAA